AUGGCGCUGUUCAACAUCCUCGACCAAUUCGUGGACACCAAAACGAUCCUUCUUUGCUUGGUAGUCGUACUGGUCCUCACUACCACUAUCUUGCUGCCCUACUCGCAUCGUAUACCUGCAGACGCGCCGCCUCAAGUCAGCGACGAUCUCCCCGUUGUCGGAGCCCUUGGCUUCUGGACCCAACGGUGGAACUGGUGGAGCGAGCGACGCGACCAGUCCAAAACUGGUACUUUCUCCUUCCAUGUGGGGCCGAACAUGGUCGUUGCGCUCUCUGGAGACAAGGGACGUCAGGUGUUUUUUGAGUCGAAAGAUUUGGGCUUUGGUGAGGGCUAUUCUGUCCUAUUCGGCCAAACGCCCAAAUCAACCAAAGAAAUCACCGACGAAGACAAGAACCUUGGUUUCGAUGCCUGGUUCCAUCGCCGCCUCACCUCCCUCUUGAAGCAAGAGCAUUUCCGCCGCAAUCUGCCUGUUCUCAUAUCUGACACAAAGGAAGCUCUAGAAGCCAUCAAGAAUGAUGCCAGCGGCCGUACAAAUCCCUUUGAGAGCCUUUAUCGCAUCGUAUUCCGCCUUACUAUUCGCAUGGUAGGCCCUACUGAGAUCGCCGAGGAUCCGGACAAGCUGGAAGCCGCCUUGAAGAUGUUCGAGAUGAUCGAUAAGAGCGCGACCGCUACGUCAGUUAUCUUUCCAAAACUACCUUCGCCGGCUAUCAUACAACGGACAUAUGCGGGCACGCGACUUUAUAUGAUGAUCGACAGUAUAAUUAAGAAGCGCGCGGCGAGUGACGAGAAAAACGAGGAUGCUCUACAACAGAUGCUAGAUCAAGGCGAUCGCGCUGUGAGGAUCGUCGAGUUCAUCGUUGGAGCGCUGUUCGCUGGAUUGAUCAAUAGCGGUAUCAAUGCAGGCUGGGUAAUCUGCUAUCUUGCAACCUCACCCGAGUGGCUCGCCAAAGCGAAGGACGAGAUCUGUAGUACUGCAGCGAAGUACGCUAAGGAUCCCAAAGCACCCUUGCGCGAUCAGCUUGACGACGUACCCAUAGAAGCGUGGGAGGCAGAGUUUCCGAUCAUAGACAUGUGUCUCCGCGAUUCUUUACGACUGAACCUUCUCGGUACAGCCUUCAGGCGGAACAUCAGUAGUAAAGGCAUACCCACAGGCAACGGCAACGAAGUCAUCCCCCCCGGCGCUUUCGUCACGUAUGCCACUGGCGACAUCCAUCUCGACCCGGAAGUGUAUACUGCUCCUCACAAAUGGGAUCCAGCUCGAUACUCGCCAGAGCGCGCCGAGGACAAGAAGAAGGCGGCGCAUGGCUUUGUCGGUUGGGGAUCAGGACGACAUCCCUGCCUGGGUAUGCGCUUCGCUAAACUGGAGCAGAAUAUCAUCACCGCAUACUUCAUCGCGACGUUCGACUUCACACUUGAAGAUGAGAGUGGCAAAACACUCAGUGUCGCCCCUUUGGUUGACCACAAUCGACACUCGGCCCACAAACCAGCCAAAUUGCAGUUCCUCAGGGUUAAAACGAGAGAAGAGUAG